UUAACAUUGAUUUCUCAUUAAAUUUGAAAAAUAAUAAGUAACACAGUGACGUUAAUUCAAAAUCAUUAAAUUUAUUUUAUAGGACGCUACGCUGCUAGCACAAUGGUCUUCUAUUUUGAACAUGACUUUAACGAAACAUCAUUGUAUCUGCGAUUAUCAUUAUCAUAAAGAAGAAGAUAUUGUGAAAUCGCGGAAAAUUGAUUAUUCAGGUGGAAUAAUCAAAAAAUAUGAAUUGAAACGAUGGACCAUAUUGCCAAAUGCUGUACCAGUUAACCUACAGCCAAGACAAUAUGAUAUUGAAGUAAAGUUUUAUAGAAAAUUUCAUUGACUUUCAAAGAUAUUACAAAAUUUGUACUAACUUUAAAUGUAACUUUCAGAAAAUCAAGAAAACCUGCACUAUCAAACGGUUAAAAUAAUAAAUGACAAUAAAUUUUCAAAGAAGCCAACCAUCAAUGUGCGAAAGCCUUUUCAACAGCUGGACAAUCGUAUUAACAUUAAAAAAAACCAGCGUCAACAUCAAUUGAAAAGAUCUCGCCUUCGCUGAUAAAAAUCCGAAAAACUGCAAGUUCUGACGAUAAAUAUCCACAAUUUAUUUCACAUAAAACAUCAUUAAAUAGUAUACCUGAUCAACCAGUAGACAAGAUGCAAAUUGCUGUGAACAAUGUAGAGACAAGAUUUGAUGCAGAACAAGUUUUUUUAAAUGAAAUCGAUUCAAACAAUACUCCUAAGAAUAUUAAGGAAGUUUGUGAAGGAACAAGAAUUGAAGAAACGAGCAUAUCUGGAAAUUGUCCUGGUCUCAUUCUGAACAAUUAUAAACGGCUACCACAAAAUCCGAGAUGUUUUGCAUGCCGCACUCUUCGUGAUCGACUCUUCACUAAAGCAGCUAGACAGCGUACUGCUGCAAAUAAAAAAUACAAAUCUCAAAUACCACUGAAACGACUUAAAAACAAAUGUAAUCUCUUACAGAAAAAGGCUAUAACAGAUUUUUUGGAAGAAUGGGAGUCUGGUAUGGAAAUUUUAGGGGAUUCUAUGCCUUUUUCUGAAAGUACAUUAGUGGGUUUUAAAGUAACACUAGCUUCAACACUUGAAAUAACUGAUAUGAUGCAUAAUGAGUAUGGCUUUGAGUACUUUAUGACAUCUCGUCUAUCACAGGAUUAUCUGGAGCAACUUUUUUCAAUAAUGAGUCGAAUGGAAAUAAUUGGCAAGUUUGGACCUGUUGAGCGUGAUAAUAAAGUUUUAAAUCAUUAGUUUUGUUAAAACCUGUGUGCGCAACGGGAGAAGUGGUUCUAUAAUUGUGUUUUACCAAAGUUAAUUGUUUUAUCAAAAUGAAUUUCACAGAAGAACAAACAUUAAAUUUUAUUGAUAUGUACAGAGAUCACCCUCAACUCUGGGACUCUACACAUGAAGAGUACAAAAACAAAAGGCACGAUUUACUUACAGAAAUCGCAGUUUCUUUUGGAAUCGAAAAGUCAGAGGUAGAGAAAAAAAUUAAAAACCUCCAAUCACAGUUUUCUCGCGAAAGGAAAAGAGAAAAGGACUCUCAAAAAACAGGCAGUGGAACAGAUUAGAUUUACCAAAGCAAGUGGUUCGCCUAUGGCCGAUUGUUAUUCCUUGCUGACAAAAACAAACCAAGAAAAACAUUGGACACUGAGGUUUCACAAAAUCAACAAAUUGGAGACAGUGAAGUCAACAAGGCCACUGCUGGUGAUGAAGACAAGGAAAGAGAGGAUGUGUCGUCGGUAACAAAGUCACCCAAGGAAAGAGAAUUCAGGUCUCCUAAAUUGGGAUUUAAAAGAAAACGCGGACCUCUUGCAGCUCCUCCUAUCACGACACCAUUGUUGAAUGAAGCUCUGAAUGUUAUGAAAUCUAUUCAAAACAAAAAAGAAGAUGCAAAGGAUGAGUAUUCUCUUUUUGGUGAGCAGAUUGCAAUAAAAAUACGAAAACUUAAUUCACCCCAAGCAAGAUUUGCUGUUCAAAAUGCUAUAAAUCAUGUCUUGUAUGAGGCAGAAAUUGGCAUGUACAACCCUGGUAUCCCUCAAGCUAGCUAUAGUGGUCCUAUCACGGCAUUUUAUUCGCAAGUUCCCUAUAGCUACUCUCACCAUCGACCACAGAAUACUGCAACCCCGCCAUUGUCAUCAUCUGGUUCCGAAUGUAGCACUUUCCAAUCUGAAUACUCUCCUUCACUUACUCCAACUCCUACCCAUGUUCAAGCUGAAGUCAGUCGAACAUUCCUGGUUUAGAAGACAUGUUUUCAUUGUAAACACCCUAACUAAUUACUUUUAUAUAACAAUAUGAUUAUGAGAGAGAAAAAAAUUUUUCUUAUACCUUUGUAUUACAAUUCUUAUACUUUUAUAUUACAAUAUUACUAUUAUGAGGGAAAAAAUCUAAUAAAAUAAGUUCAUUUUCAAAUUUUUCCUUAUACCUUUGUACCUAUUAUCAAAUAUACGAUUAGUUUUGAAUGCUCUAAGUACAGGAACUUUUUUUAAUGAAGAUUUUGGUCACUAGUCAAUACAGUUGACCACUGCGCCAAGGUGGCCGGCGAAUCGGGACCUAGAAUUAUUAGGAAUUAUUGCUAUUCCAAUAGGAGCCAAAUAGAAACCAUUUAUUAUUUUAUUUACCAGCUCCUUGACUCAGUGGUCACUGCACUAGGCUUGCACCAAAAAUUAUGACAUAUUACCACAAAGAAACAGUAAUUAUUUAUUAUAUAUUAUUUUAACUUACUUUUACUUCAUCUUGAAGUACAGAGAUGAGUGCAGCACAAACAUCUGGUAUGAUGGAGGAAAUUGUUUGUUUUGGACAUCUUCAGCAGGUAGCUCAAGGACGAAUAUGAAUCUCUACUUGCUAAAAAGCGCAUGGUUACUGCAAAGCGCUCACUUGGAGGAAUGGCUUCUCUGAAAGUUGUGUUUUUUUUUUGAAAUUAUGGGUCCUAUCAUUCCCAGUAAUUUUUCAAAAUCAGAACUCUUCAUCCGGAAAAAAUUUUUGAAUCCAGCGUUGCAUCUAUAUUCUAAAUUUAACGGAUCCACUUCAUCCAACAAUAAAUCUUUUAUAAAUUCGGUUGCGCUGUACUUUUUUCUCCCAUUAACGAGACUAGGUCGAAUCCAAAGCCUCCUGGAAUUCAAAAGUUAUCAAUUAGGGUGUUGAUAAAUAAUGUCGAAAUCCAUUUUUAUUAACAAAUUUUAUUGGAGACAAUGGUUUCCUCAUCUAUAAAAAUAACAGUACAGAAGUUAAGUAGUUGUAAAAAGGUAGCGACUUACCUUGUUGAACGAUGCACAUGUUGGUCUACAAGCGCGGACAUAAAUAUGGCAGUAGCAGCAGCAACAAGAGCAUCUGCAUCAUUCACUAAAGCACAGCACUCAACUACUCACAGUCGACUGAUGAAAUACGUCCACACAGCAGUUUAUGUGUGGACGAGUCGAAUGUCGCCUAUGUCGUUCGGCAUAGUGUGGAUGCGGCUUAACGAGCACCCAGACGCGAAAUUCUUUUUGCAAGUUUUCAGAUUAUUCUGUCUGUUUUCGCUAAUUCGACCACCUAAAGGUAGCAAUGUGACAGGGGUUGAAUUACUUCAAAGUUUUAUUCAGAAUAAAGACACUAUAAAAGUGGAUUCUUAAACUCGAUGAAGCUAUGGAAAAUUGUGCUUUGCCAGGUGACCAGGUUCUUAUAUAUGGAAAUGAACAGGGUCAAAAAGAAGCAAGUGAUAAUGAUAACUCUAAAGAUUUGAACCAAAUUGAUUUACCUAAGACUGUUCGAGAGCAUGAAGACAAGCUCAUAGAUCAUAACUAUAAUGUAACUUAUACUAGUGAACAAGUAUUAGCAUAUUUGGCUGGCUAAGUGUCCCGUAAAAUGAAAAAAAAUACGAAUUCUGCAAAAAUUGUUUUGAUUCUUUAUCUUCGGCUGGAUUGGUAGAAGAGAAUCAACAAAAUGAAUUAAUCAACGAACUGUCCUUGUAUGGCGGCCUAGCAUAUCCGAGUCAGGGAUUGUUUGAAUUAACUCGCCGGUUAGAAAAUACAGUUUUGGAUGUUGUUGGGAAAAAGGGAAUUGAAGGGAAUACUAUACAAAUGAUUUUUGAUCGAAUUCUCAAAUUCAAUUGCCCAAAAUUGGUUGCUACGAACAUUCUCUAUUGUUAACAAGAGAGAUUAUUAUUUAACCAUGAGAGGACAUUUCUUGGCCAAAACAUUGAACAAGGAGUAUAUAGAAAAAAAAAUAAAAGUAAAAUGUAUAAGAAAUUAUCAAAGUUGUGACUGACGUUUGAUUAUAUUCAUGUGAAAAGCUGUACAAUCCUUAAUAUCUUAUUAGAUUUUUAUUUUUUAUUAAGAACUUGAUAUAUUUCUGUACCUGCUUGCAUAAGCUAAUUACCAAUGAUAUUUUAACAAAACUAUAAUUAUUAUAUUUGUUGCGGAUAGAGUUCAAUAUUUUAUUUCUAUGAACCAAAAUGUUUUAUUUUCAAUUAUUUUAUUCUUAUUGAUAUUUUUAUAUGACUAUAACUAUUAUAUUAGUUGCUAAUGAAGUUCAAUAUUUUAUUUUUAUAAACCGAAAUAUUUUUUUUAUUAUUCUAUUAUUUUUAUUGAUCUAAUUAUAUCGCUAUAAUUAUUAUAUUAGUUACGGAUAAAAUUCAAUAUUUUAUUUUAAUCAACCAAAAUGUUUUUUUUUAUACUAUUUCAUUAUUGUUACAUGAUUCUAUUUUUUUUCAUAUUAGAAUAUUUAAUUUAACGAGAUUCUGUUUUGUUAAUCGUUUUAUUAUUUUAAUACUACUAAUUUCAUUAUCACGGUGCAUUAUUUAAAGCAUUACUAUACAGUUAUUUUCAAAUCAGCGCGUAAAAUUCAAGCGAAUACCCUCUAUAAUCAGUGCCACCUAUUUUCCCAUCAAAAAUCAGCUCACAUUUUUUAACCCAGAGAUGUUCCUCCUUCUCUACACUCCAUACCUUUCUCUUUCAAUUCUUUUAAAGAAUUAAAAUGGUGAACUGUAUUUAUAGGACAGAUAAAUAGCUCGUCAGUCUAAAAAAUGAGUCGUGGGGCGCGUGAAAUUUCUAUCAACAAUCCGACCGCUCAUAUAUAUUACUGCUAGUUAUCAUGACGUCAAAUUUCGUUGUUUAAUCUUUUCAAAAGCCUAGAUUGAUGGAAAGACGUGUGAAGGAUAGUACCAAGGCCUAAUUACCCAUAUUGCCUUUUUUACAUCUACUUUUCACGAAUCAUCAAUCCUUAUUUCCGAUGAAAACAUUAUAUACAUAUAAAGGAGAAAAUUUUUGAUUUUUCGCACAGGAAAUAAUGAGACUGAAUACGACUCCGUAAAAGUCUGGAAAUAUCGAUAUGUCAAAGAUGAUCUUAGACCCUGAUUUUAUUAGUUUAAUAUCUAAAUAUCUGAAAAAAAUCUCAAUUACUCCUAGGGACGCAAGACAUAAAUUUCAGCAGGGAAAUUGAUAUCAAGUGGUAAGAAAGAUGUAGGGACACACAUGGUUAUUUAGGAGAAUUGAAAGCAAUGAAAAUGAGAAGAAAAGUUGUUACAUUAAAAAAAUGUGAUGAGUUAAAUGCUGAUUCCAGACGAACAAGAGGAAAUAAGAACACUAUGGUGCCGCAUGCACAACAAGUGGAAUAUAAACCUUUCAAUGCACUAUCACACGUUCCUCUGGCAGCACAUUCACACCAGGGCGAAAUACAAGGCUAGAAGUGUGCUUCUAAACUCUUGUAAUUCUUCAUAGCUUCUUUGGUCGUAAAUUUCGUGCGGAAAACUAGGUACUCUAGUCUGUCUAAUUCGGUCACGCGUGGCCACUGGUGCCUAACUUCCUACCGCAGCUCAAAUGGGUCACAACAACACUCCUGAACUUUCUUCUAAUAACGCUCAAAAAGUAUACUACAUCAAAACAAUUAUCACUAGCAAUGCUCCGGCAUGUCCUUUCUCCUCGAAACGCGUCAACAACAUGGCCGACGCCUUGUCAUUACUGCUCAAUAGAUGGCGCUAGUAUCGCCCUGUCGGGGCUUCGUACACCCCAAGGUUUGUGGUAGUGUGAACAGUGUGUUUAGUAAGUACUCUGUCAUAUAUGAGAAGUCUAGGUUUCGAUAAUCCUAUAUUCAAUGUAGAAUGAACUAGUUAUCCAAAUUAGGUCAUUAUGAGCCAAAGUUUAGGAAAAACGACCAGAAGAAUUCGGU